AGUUACGCAAUGAACGGAGGAACAAGGAACAAUUGGUUCAGGCGCCCAUCUCGGUAUUUGAAGACUUGCGCAAAGUGAAUGGAAUUCACGACACCUGCUGAAGAUGUACCCGCAGAUCGCAAUCAAUCAAUCAUCCUUCAAACUUGAUUCGGCCGGCGUGGCUGGCUUUUUCGGUGGCGAUGAAACACUCUCAGCAAUGGCUACGGUGCAUCUAUACCGCGGCCGAAGAUGGCUGGGCUGGUACAACUCUCCAGGAAGCUACACGGUCGCUAAAAAAUACGGCCAGUUAGCCAACUCCCGACUCUGGGACGGACUGUUUCCAGGUCCAAAUCCCGAACCAGCUGCAGCAUUUGGACUGGAUGGAAAGCCUGGGCCGCGGUAUGUCGCUUCAGUGUCUGGCACAGACAUGGCCACGGGGCACCUUGCAUACCUCACAAUCCAGAGAAGCAAGGAAUUGAUAGGCGAAGAAGUCGAGGGCAGACCCGGCGCGGAGACAUUACCUGCAGCGGUGACUGUUAUUGGCGUUGGAGACGUCACGUACAAGGACCAAGUGGGGAUGAUGCACGUCAAUCACGCACUGCUAGCCGCCAUACCCAUAACCAUAAGCUUCGCGACAUGCUUCACAUGCGCAGUCGUUGGGGACUGGCUUGCCUUCAGCCUCAUCCUUCUUGGAAUCGUUUCAAGUGGCAUCACUUGCUUCGUGAUUGGCACUGCGAAACUCCAUCUCCGGUCACCCAAAAACGUCACCCCAGGAGUGCCUCCAGGGGAUGGAUUACUUCUGACCCCACGCGAUGUUGUCGUCCUGAAAGGGCCAGAGAAAGACGUGAAUGUGAUAACCAAGGGAAGCUUCAUUCUCGCCAUGCGUGGCCACCGAGAGUACCGGAGCGUUGGACUGUGCUCGCUCCUUCUGCUAGCACAGUUCAUGUUACAGCUACUCUUAAUCCCUCAGACGACACUCUUUGGUCAAGUGAUGUUUCUUUCCUCGCUUGCAGCGUCUUGGAUCUACAACUCGUUCCUUUCUUCCUUGGAGAGCGAGAAGAUACAAGGAGAUCUAUUGUGCAAGGCGCUGAGGGUUGAUGAAACCUGCGAUAAAGAGAUAUGACCUCCCAAGUAGGAGGAGCCAGGCUGUUUUCGCCUGCUCUAUUCUCAGCGAUGGAGUAGAGAACAAACGAAGACUUUGACGCGGAGCGUAUGUUAUCGUUGUUCGUGCCGAACAAGACGAGGGUUUGGAGUAUCUGGAGAGCCAAGGUUGCGGGGCAAUUGAAAUCGGCUUCUCCGAACAAAAAUUUUCAGGCAACAGCGGAGGAGAAGGAGGGUUUGUGCCAAGAGGAAUGCAGAUUGCUAGACACUUUCCUAGAGGAUGCCCAGCAUGCGUUUGAGGCCUGUCGGGAGCGGUGCGAUGAAUUACGUUCCUUGUACACCCCGAAAGGCCAGGCAAAGGAUGUGUGAGUAUGUGUGUACUUAUCGCGUAGAACAUCUCUAUGAUCGUAUUUGACUCUCAUCAGACGGCAUGCCAGAUGCUUAAUUUCGAAGAUUCUCGAUA